AUGUCUGAUAAUAUCGAAAAUUACUUUUACCGUAACCGUCAUCAACCAAACCAGGAUUUGUACUUUAAAGAAUGGCUUCCAAGUGUAUAUUUACCUAGUAUCGAAGUUUUAAGGAAGGCUAACUUUAAUAUAGCAGAAACUCAAUAUUGUCGAGAAUUUGAAGAAGGUAUAAAGUUAUGUAAUAGAAAUAGUUCAAGAAAUAAACGUAAGCUAAAGGAUAUUUUUUUAUUUCAAUUUGACGCUAUAUCUAAGAAUGCUGGCACUGUAAGCAUCGAAGGAUGCAGUCAGGGGAUUUGUCGUCCGGUAUGGGUUUAUCUUAUACUAGGUAUGAUACGGGCAAUGCCAUCAAGUAUCUUGUCGUCAUCCAAUAGAUUACUUCCAGAUUACAGUCAAACCUAG